UUUCAUCUUAAACGACGAAGCUCCUGAAACCCUAAUUUCAAUUACCAAUUCCGAUCUAAGAAGUCAUGGAUGCCAUUGAUUCCGCAAUCGAUCCUCUCAGAGAUUUCGCUAAGAGCAGUGUUCGUCUCGUCCAGCGCUGUCACAAACCCGAUCGCAAAGAAUUCACAAAAGUUGCUGUGCGUACGGCGAUUGGAUUUGUGGUGAUGGGAUUUGUUGGCUUCUUUGUGAAGCUCGUCUUCAUCCCAAUCAACAACAUCAUCGUUGGAUCUGCUUAGGAUAUACUUUACGAGGUAAUAAUUGCUUUAAAGAGAUCAUUGACUAGACCACAUUCUUGAUUCAUUGCUCAAGGAUUUGUAAUCAUAUUGGUGGAUAGAAGUUGAUGUUAUAGAUUUAGGAUGAAUUUCAGCUAGUUUUUGGCUUAUUCUGAUUGCCUCAAUAGUUUAGUGCUUUGCUCUGUUUCCAUUGUUUCUGCUAUCUGUUUGUCCCAUGAGUUUUGUUUGUUCUGAAUCCUUUUCUCUGGAUCUUAUUCUCUGUGGUAUCAUGGAGUCUCUGUUUCCUCUUGCUUAGUCAUAUUUGGGCAAAACAUUUUGGGUGGUUUCAUGCAAGAAAUCCUGAGAUAAACACUCAUUUGUGAA